AUGGCCAUCCCCUUGAAUAUCACCCAAGAAAUGGAGCUGCGGUACAAGCCCUACAAAUUCGAGGAGCUCAAGACACUGAGUAACUACAUGGAUGAGUACUGGGCUACUUCCUUCAUCAUAGUUCCCAUUUACCUGCUGCUUAUUUUUGUGGGAAAGACCUACAUGAAGAACCGGAAGGGCUUCAACCUACAGAAGCCCCUCAUCCUCUGGUCCUUUUCCCUGGCGGUCUUCAGCAUCAUAGGGGCAGUCAGGAUGUGGGGCUACAUGAGCAUCCUGUGGCACAACUACAACAUGAUGAACACCGUAUGUUUCAGCAUCUUCAUCGAUUCUACCACUGUAAAGUUCUGGUCAUCCAUCUUUGCUGUCAGCAAGAUCGUUGAACUUGGAGACACAGCCUUCAUCAUCCUACGCAAGCGGCCUCUCAUCUUUGUGCACUGGUACCAUCACAGCAGCGUGCUGAUGUUCACCUUCUUCGGAUAUUAUAAGAAGAUGCCUGGAGGUGGCUGGUUCAUGACCAUAAACUUUGGGGUGCAUGCCAUCAUGUACACAUACUACACUCUGAAGGCAUGCCACAUAAACACCCCCAGGAUCCUUCCCAUACUCAUCACCAGCCUGCAGAUCCUGCAGAUGGUAGCUGGACUUCUUGUGAGCAUAAUGGUUUACUUCUGGAGACAGGAAGAUGGCUGCUCCACGACAGAGAAUGAAUUAUUCUGGUCUGCCUUAUUGUACAUAUCCUAUUUCAUCCUUUUUGCCAAUUUCUUCAUCCGAGCUUACAUCAUACCCAAAGACAAAGCCAAGAUCAAGAGCCAGUGA